GUCUUUGUAUUUUAAUUUAAUUUAUUUAUCUAUUUUUAUAUAAACAUAUUUGUACUUCUUAAAAUAAUGUCAUAUUUAUCUUAUGCAUUAAUAUUGAAAUUUUGUACCAUGUUUAUAUUGUGAUUGACUUCCAGUGAAAGCAGGAGUUUUACUGUUUUAGGUAAAAGAAUGAUGGUGUCAUUACUCUUAACCCCCACCUUCUAGUUGGUAAGAAACCAGUUGUCCAAAAUAGUCUCAAAGCAACUUCAAGAAAACUGAAAAAAUGAAAUAAAAGCAGACUGCUUGGUGUACGUUUGACUUUGGACUACUGAAGACUUUCGACUUUGGAAACAAUGUACGUUUUUCCCGAUAUUUAUGAUGUAAUUUUUCUUUAAGGCUUUCAUAUAUUUAUUAUGUAACGUGUUUGAUCAGGUAAAAUAAAAAGAAUCCAUGUACUCUUUAAGGACCACACGGCCAUGAAAGUAUGAAACCCAAAUGAAAGAAAAACAGUUGUGAUAUCAAAUUGAUGGUUGUUUAAUAGUUGUAAGAGUUUCGAGAUUACUGAAGAGUUCUGUAUAAUUAACGGUCAACUCUCAUCACUAACAUAGAUUAUAGACCAAAACUCCAGAAUUAUACGGUUUAUAUUAAACAAUAAAACUGUAAACACAACCAAGAAAUUAGACUUUUAUAUAAUUAAAUCUCUUACAAUAAAAAUAUAGAUUAUUUCAGCUAGUAAAGAAAAUAAAACGAGUAUGCAAGUCAAAAUCUUAUCUUCUAGGUCAACUGGUAACCAUUUCUCACGUCAUAUAUUUGUCAUGUCUAACCAAAAAAUAUACAUUAGUUAGUGUUAUAUAUUAGGCAUGUCUCCUAUAAUGAAAACUAGAGUUUGAACCCGCACGUCCGUGCGGAUAUUUUUUUCUUUUAUAAAUGUAUAAUUUUGAUAUUAAAUUUACAUUUUAGCUUUAAAUAUUAUGUAAAUUUUCUUGUUUAGAUUUCUUAAAUAUAUAUUGAUCUAAUUUAUUUAUUUUACUUUGUUAUUAAAUAUUAUUUUUGUAUACAAUACAUUUUUUAAAUUAAUUUAAUUUACAAUACAUUUAGUUAUAUAUUUUAUAGUAUAACUAACCAUUUUAGAAAUGAUGAUAUAAUAUGUUAGCCCACAUUUGAGUAAAAUAUGUUUAAUUAAAAUCAUAUAAUAUAGCAACUAUAUAUUUAUAUAGCACUAUAGCUAUGAAAAUAUUAAAAGUUAAUUAUAUUAUAAAAAUCAUGUAGUUGUAUAACUAUAAUUUACCAUCCAUAAUUUCAUAUUAAUAAUCAAAUUCAAACCAAUGUUGUUGUAUAUUUCUGAUGCCUUACAACUAAAACAGCAACUCUAUUAGGCUUUGAAAAUUUUUAAAUGAAUAAAUAAGAAACAAUUAAGUACAAUGAAAUCUCUGUAGUUUCAAAUGAAAUAAAUGGUGAAUGUUUUACAAAUGUAUAGUAAUUAGGAUGAAGUUAAUGUUGUUAACCAUAAAAAUAGGAGAGACACAUUUGUAAUAUUAAAAGUAAAUUAAGGGAACUUAAAGAUAUCUUAUUUUAAAGGUAUAUUCCUAGUGAAAUAUGAAUAGGUCCAAACUUAAAUGACAACAUUUAUAAGUAGAUAAAAAAUAGGACUCUAAAUUAAUAGAAUAGAUACAGAUUCAUUUUUUCAAUCCUAUUGAUUUGAUAAUUUGAGUAAAUGGGAAAGAGUUGGGUUAUGAUAACUUCCCCCUUCUUUUUUAUUCUGUUCCUUCAAACCCUAAAACAUGUUCACGCCAGUUUCAAAUGCUACGGCGACUUUUUCACCCCAAACUACGGCGUCAAUCGAGACAACCUCUUAUCUUCUCUUCCUUCUAACGUCGUCAAUAACGGCGGUUUCUACAACGCAUCACUUGGCAGCGUAUCCAGAAACAAUAGUGUCCACGUUGUCGCCUUAUGCAGACGCGGUUACGAUAUCCAAGCUUGUAAGACAUGCCUCGAGCAUGUCAUUGACGACACAAAAGCCAACUGUCCUCACCAAAUGGAGUCUUUCUCGUGGGUCACUGAACAAGCCGAUGACGUUUUAUGCAAUCUACGUUACACUAAUCACUCGACUUUUGGCAAACUAGAGCUUUCGCCAUUUACUAUCAACCCUAAUCCGAACGUUAUAGAAUCAUACAAGAAUAUGACCUUCAGCCAAGAAUGGAUUGCUAUGGUUAAUAGGACGCUCGAUGCUGCUUCUACGGCUGACACUUCCUCAGUACUCAAGUACUAUAGCGCCACAAGAACAAAGUUCACAGAGAUUCCAGAUGUUUACGCGAUGAUGCAAUGCACGCCUGAUUUAUCGCCAAGUGACUGCAACAGAUGUCUUAGAGAGAGUGUUAAUGACUUUCAAAGGCAGUAUUGGGGAAGACUAGGAGGUGGAGUUGGUCGGCCUAGCUGUUAUUUCCGGUGGGAUCUUUUUGAAUUUUAUAAAGCUUUUGGUAAUGUUACAAGGGUUCUUGCUCCUCCUAGUCAAGCUUCUCCGACUGCUCUGGAUUGUGGGAGAGACGAGAAAGAUUUCGAAGGAAGACAUAUUGCAAUCAUUGUGAUCCCUGCAAUCAUUAAUCUUAUUAUAUUUGUUGCUUUAGUCUGUUCUUGGAAGAGAAAAACGCCACGCACCGGAAUCAAAGAGUCUUCUGAUCCAUAUGAUGGUCAAUCUAUGUUACGGUUUGACUUUGUAAUGCUUCGAACUGCAACCCAUGACUUCUCUCCUGAAAUGAAGCUUGGUGAAGGUGGAUUUGGAUCUGUCUACAAGGGGGUGUUACCGAACGGCCAAGAAAUAGCGGUAAAAAGAUUAACAAGAGGUUCAGGGCAAGGAGAUAUGGAAUUCAGGAAUGAGGUUUUACUCUUGACAAGACUCCAACAUAGGAAUCUUGUUAAGCUCCUUGGGUUUUGUAAUGAAGGAGAUGAAGAGAUUCUUGUCUACGAAUUUGUCCCCAAUUCAAGCCUUGACAACUUCAUAUUUGAUGAAGCCAAACGUUUUCUUCUUACAUGGGAAGUGAGGUACAGAAUUAUAGAAGGAGUUGCAAGAGGGCUUCUUUAUCUCCAUGAAGAUUCCCAGUUGAGGAUUAUUCACCGGGAUUUGAAGGCAAGCAAUAUUCUCUUAGACGCUGAGAUGAACCCUAAAGUUGCAGACUUUGGGAUGGCAAGGCUUUUCAACAUGGACCAGACUCGUGGACAGACUAGCAAAGUAGUUGGAACCUAUGGAUAUAUGGCUCCAGAAUACGCGACAUAUGGACAAUUCUCAGCUAAAUCUGAUGUGUAUAGCUUUGGUGUUAUGCUCCUAGAAAUGAUAAGUGGCAAAAGAAACAAAAACUUGAAAGAAGAAGAAGAAGAAGAGGGAGAACAAGAAGGGCUUCUAGAUUUUGUAUGGAAGAAGUGGAAUGAGGGAAAAUAUGCAGAGAUCAUCGAUCCUUUGGCUGCGCCGAGUAACAACAUCCCAGUAGACCAAGUAAUGAAGCUCAUUCACAUAGGUUUAUUGUGUGUUCAAGAUGAUGUUUCCAAAAGGCCUACCAUUAAUUCAAUUCUCAUAUGGCUUGAAAGUCAUACUGCUAUAACCAUGCCUGUGCCCACACCUGUUACUUUUCUUACGGCACCACCGUCACCAUCAUCAUCGCUGCAUGGCUAGUGAACCAUCUAGCAUGUUUGUAUACUUCUUUGGCUUGCUUUAUGCAAUUAAAGAGAUGCCGUGUAGUGCAAACAAAUUAUCUUUAUAAAUAGAGGGAGGCUUGUAUUGUAUUAUUAUUUUCUUAACGUCAAAUUCUUACGUACUUAUUUCUCCAUUGCAAUGGUUGGUGUCCACUUCUUGGCAUUCAAACCAUUGCAUAUCCAUCAAAAUGAACUUAUAUGAAACUUUGUUUUUCGGAUGCCAUUCCGUUUGCUAAA